AUGAGCCGUCCUGGAGCUCGCGAAGAAGGCCGCGAGCCUACGUCCGAGGAGCAGGAGCCGCCAGUCUUUGAGCAGGGCGUCAACACCGCGAGCGACAAGGGCGCCGACAUUGUCGAUGCUCUCGCCGUCGAAGACAUCGAUGUCAACCUGUACAGGAGCAAGACGCUUUGGACACCUGCGAGGGCAAGGGGCGUCUUCGGCGGACAGGUCAUCGCCCAGGCGGUGGCUGCCGCGGGCAAGACGGUGCGCGAAGGCAUUCACCUCCAUUCGUUGCACUGCUACUUUUUGCUGGCUGGUGACCAGUCGGUCCCCAUCCUCUAUCAGGUGGCCCGCGUGCGCGACGGCGGCUCCUACGUCACCCGCUCCGUCGAUGCGACUCAGCGCGGCCGCACCAUCUUCACCAUCAUACUCUCCUACCAGAAGCCCGAGCCGUCCCAGCCCAGCUUCCAUAUUCCCGUACCCACCCUCGACGAGGACGGCACCAACAUGACCAACUCGCACACGGGCGCGUACGCCACGGGUCUCGAAAAGCACAUCAAGGACAACGGCUUCAGCAGCCUGCCCCCGCCGGAGAAGUGCCCGCUCAACGAGGAAAGGUACAUGGAGGUCGUCGCGCGGCCCGAUGUGGACCCAAGGAUCAAAAAGGUCCUCCAGGGCUGGAUCGAGGACCGCCAAAAGAGCCCAGUCGAGAUCCGAGACGCGCUUCCGGGCAUGUACGACCGCCACGGCCACGCGACCCCGGGCAACUCGCAGGCGUUCUGGAUGCGGACCAGAAAGCCCAUGGCCGGAGGCAUCGAGGCGCAAAAGGUAGCGCUAGCCUACGCCAGCGACUUCUAUUUGCUCUCGACGGUGGCCAAGGCGCUCAACAAUAGCCGCAACAUCAAGAUGAUGGCGUCGCUCGACCACAGCAUGUGGUUCUACGACACCUUUGACGUUUCCGAGUGGCUUUUGUUUGUGAUGCAAACGCAAGCCGCCAGCAACGGGCGAGGUGUGGUCAUGGGGCGCAUCUACCGCCGGGACGGUACGCUGGUAGCCGUGUGCGCGCAGGAGGGGCUGGUGAGGGGCAAGAGUGCCGACGAGAUCCAGAAGGAGGUCGAGAAGCGGCGCGGCCAGGGCAAGACGACGGCCAGCAAGCUCUAG